CUCUUUCUCUCUCUCUCUCACACACACACACACACACACACAGUUCAGGUCCACACUCGACUCAUGUUCACACACCAGGUGAACAUCUGGUGAGCUUCUGAAGCUUCACACAGACACACGGAUAACUUUAUUCAGAAUCCGAUGGUUCAUUAACAGAAGGAGUGUGAGGUGAGUAACAGGAAGUGUGAUGAGGGUCGUGUGUGUGUGACAGAGAGACAGAAGACAACAGAAUGAAUCCUGUGAGGAAAGACAUGGAGCUGCUGAGCAACAGCAUGGCCACCUACGCUCACAUUACAGAGAACACAGAGAGCUUUGCGCUCUACUUCAUGCUGGGCGUGUGUUUCGGGCUGCUCCUGGCUCUGACGCUCCUCAUCCUGGGCUUCGCCUGCAGACCAAGAAGAAACGCCGUGAAGAAAGCUUCCUCCUCUGAGCAGAAACGUCUUAAAGAAUCCAACGAGGAAGACGAGGAGGAACGACUGGGUAAGAGCGAUGCGGAAGGAGAGGAAGAGGUGCCCGAUGUCACCGUAGCACCUGUAUGCGAGCAGAACCAAUCCAACGGUACCAUCAGCAGCGUGAACGUUUUCUCUUCGGCCGACGAGCUGGAAAGAGCUCGCCGUUUAGAGGAGCGCGAACGCAUCGUCAGAGAAAUCUGGAGAAACGGACAGCCGGAUCUUCUGACCAACGGGACGGGAACGCUCGGCCGCGUGCACUAUCACUAGCGAUGUAUAAAAGAUGAUUUUGAUACAAUAUACUGUACAGCGAAUAUUUUGCACUUAUUUUUGAGACUAACCCUGAUACAAGUCUCGUAUAUUUUGUACACGUUUAAGAAUAAACCUUUUAUACGACA